AGAGCCACAAAACCGAAAAAAUGGCAGCGCGGGUGAUCGAUGGCAAGGUCAUCGCCAAGGCGCUGCGUGCAGCGCUCAAGGGCGACGUGGCGGCGCUAACGGCCAAACAUGGAAGGGCACCAGCACUUGGGCUCAUCAUGGUAGGGGAUCGCAAAGACUCGGCGCUAUACGUGCGCAACAAGAACGCAGCCUGCCGUCGCACAGGCAUCCGCUCUGAGAACUUCCUCUUUGAUGAGGAUGUCUCCCAGGACACCGUUGUGCAAAAGGUAGAGGAGCUGAACGAGGACCCAACCAUCGACGGCAUCCUAGUGCAGCUACCACUACCGGGCACACAGCUGAAUGCACAGCAGAUCAUCGACCGUAUCCAGCACGACAAGGACGUGGACGGCCUACACCCGUUCAACGCCGGUGAGCUGGCCAUGCGCGGACGAUACCCGUACUUGAUCCCAUGCACAGCGAAAGGGAUAUUGGCAUUACUGGACGAACAGCAGACCCCAUUGCGUGGGAAAACGGCGGUGAUCAUUGGCCGUAGCAACUUGGUGGGCAAUCCGGUGAGCAUGCUGCUGCAGAAGCGAGACGCUACGACGAUUCUGUGCCACUCCAAGACGGUGGAUCUGCCGAGGUACGUGCGUCAAGCGGAUGUGGUAGUGGCAGCAUGUGGGCAGCCCUAUCUUGUGCGGGGUGAGUGGUUAAAACCUGGUGCCACCGUUAUUGACGUUGGUAUCAAUUUCGUUCGCGAUGUGGAUGGUGAAUUCCACGGAGAGGAGAACGCUGACGGCUUCAAGCUUGUUGGCGACGUUAACCUUCCUGAAGCUUGUGAAGUGGCGGGGGCUCUAACACCUGUGCCCGGUGGCGUGGGGCCAAUGACGAUCGCCAUGCUGCUGCACAACGUCGUCGAAGCCUUUAAACGCAGAAUGGACAAUAGAAAAAUUGGUGCGCUGUAAGUGGCACCAUUGAAGGACAAGCAGUGGAAUCGUGUGCGGCGUUGUAGGCGAAAUUUUGUGUGGGUCUAUAUUUUGUAGUGUGUUCUUCAGGAGCUGCUUAAUAACCGGGUUUCUUCUUUUGACGAGCACGGGGAAGUAACAUUUCCUGCAAGAAUUGAUCGACGCGCUUGUGUAACGCGACGUAUGGAUUGCAGAUCACAUACUCGGUGAGUGCAGCAAGUGCCUCUUGGAAGUCGCUGAAGUCUGCGCGCAGCAUCUCCAGUUCGGCUUCAGUGCUUAUUGUUCCGGUUGCUGGUGCUGGAGAACUGCCAUCAUCACGUUGCAGAUUAACGAGCACUUGCUUGAGUGUAUGUUCCGUCACAAAGCUUCCGAUGAGCUUGCAGUCACGCGCCAUGACAAUGAAAGCAGACAGCGAAAGGGUCGAGUUCUGCUCGCGUAUGGCGUGCAUGGAUGCAUAAUAGCGGAAAAUACGCUGGAGAACAGGCUUAUGCCGCUGGAAGACCUCGCGUACUUUUGGUUGUGCGACUUCGGCACGGAAGAGUUCCCGCUGAGAUCGCAGAGCGUUUGGGAGAAUAUCUUGUUCCAUAAGCAACCGAAAACGUUCGUCCAGCGGUAGUGUCGGCGUUGGUGCUGCACGAGCAUGGCCUCCCCGUGCUGGACCCCGUGGUGCUGGCAUUGGGGCAUACUUUAUCGCGGCUAGUCGCACAAGGGCAUCUGCAAAUUGUCGACCAGAUAGUUCUGGCUCCGCCUCGGUCACUUCAUCGGAGCCGUUUUCGGCCGCUUUUGUUGGGAUCACAGAUGUUGCAGUUAUCCCCGAGGGAAGCUCAUUCGUUGCCCCAGAAAGAAUUGAAUCCAGGUGUAGAGCAGCUCUAUAGACGUUAUCAACCACUUGUUGAGUGAUGUGUUUAUCUCCAGUGAAGCAGUCCUUGAUGAGCUUGUUGAACUCCGUCAAGCUCAUUGCCGCCAGGCUCCCAGCCCCGCCACUCGCACUGCAUCAGUGCCACAAGUUCUAGUCAGUAUGGUUCAAGCAAGCAAAGUGUUAACAAUGCACCUGUAAUGUUUGAAGAUGUCGUUGAGAUCCUUGCUAUAAGCAAGCAGAGCACGUCGGACAGCAGCUGUAGCAAUGUCAACAUCUCGCUCGGGUACGAACGGUGGCAUGGUGGACCCAGUAACCAUAACUUGUGUCGUGCUGGAGCCUUUGCGGCCUACAGAUUGAUUAAGCAGAUUGAAAGC